UAGAAGAAUCAGUCCCCAAUAAUUGUCAGCUUCUGUACAGCAACGUGGCUAGCAUAUUUUAAUAUGUAUACAAUAGAUUCGACUAAUAUUUUUCUUUGUUUUUCUAUGGUGUUCAAGUUUUAAUAUACACUUGUCCUCAAGUAUCCAUCAGUGUUCUUUUCUUUACUUUGCUCUGCUCUCAAGAGAAAUAGUUUCACUAUUUAGUUUAUGGCAGCUGCAAUGCUAAUUGGUGCAACAAUUGGGAUUUUGGUGGCCUUUUUAUUUGGGAAAGUAUUGUACACAGUAUGGUGGUGGCCAAAGAUGAUAGAAAAGAAGUUGGAGGAGGAAGGUAUCCAUGGCUAUCCCUACAAGGUGUUGUUUGGGAACCUUAAAGAGAUGAUGAAAAUGUCUAAAGAAGCAAAGAAACAACCCUUGUUAAAUCAUGAUAUCAUUCCUUGGGUUAAUCCUCUUCUUCAGCAACUUUCUAACACGUACAAGAAAAUAUUUGUGUUGUGGGUUGGACCAACACCUCGCGUGACAGUUACAGAUCCAAAGUUAAUUAGAGAAGUGUUGAACAGAUAUAAUGAAUUCCACAAGCCUGAAGCCAAUGCUUUCAUCCACUUAUUUGUUACUGGACUUGCCAGUUACGAUGGUGAAAAGUGGGACAGCCACAGAAAGAUACUGAACCCUGCCUUUCAUGUAGAGAAGCUAAAGAGGAUGUUCCCAGCAUUUAGUGUGUGUUGUGACGAAAUGAUAAAUAGAUGGGAGGAAUUGGUUGGCAAAACAGGAAGCUGUGAGUUGGAUGUGUUAGACGAGUUUCUAAACUUAGGUGGAGAUGUCAUAUCAAGAGCUGCAUUUGGUAGCAAUAUUGAAGAAGGAAGGUCCAUUUUCCUACUUCAAAAGGAGCAGUGCGAGCUUAUUUUGGCUUCUCCAUUCACCCUUUUCUUUCCCUCCCUAAGGUUUCUUCCAACAGCAUCAAACAGAAAAGCGAAGUACAUCCACAAGAAAGUUAUAUCAUUGGUAAGAGGAAUAAUAGAGAAGCGUGAAGAUGCAGUACGAAGAGGAGAGUCGGACGAUGAUGAUAUUUUAGGCUUACUCCUAAAAGCAAGAAAUGGAGAGAACAAGUCUAAAGCAGGCAGAGGAAGUGGACUAUCAACCGAUGAUGUGAUUGAAGAAUGUAAGGAGUUCUACUUUGCAGGACAAGAUACAACCACAGCUCUGCUUUCUUGGACUAUGGUGGUCUUGAGCAUGCACCCUGAGUGGCAAGACAAAGCUAGGAAUGAAGUGUUUCAAUUCAUUGGGAAAAACAAACCAAAGUUUGAUGACUUGAAUCAACUAAAAAUAAUUAACAUGAUCUUCCAAGAGGUAUUGAGAUUAUACCCCGCAAUAUUUCUGAUUCGAAGCACAUCAAAGAACAUCAAAUUGGGAGACAUGACAAUUCCAGCAGGAGUACAGGUGUGCGUGCCCACUCACUUGGUUCAUCGCGAUCCCGAAGUAUGGGGUGAAGAUGCACUAGUGUUCAAUCCUGAGAGGUUCUCCGAAGGGGUAUCAAAAGCAGCAAAAGAUCAAAUGUAUUUUCCCUUCGGUUGGGGUCCUCGGAUGUGCAUCGGUUUGAACUUUGGCAUGAUGGAAGCAAAGCUGAUUUUAUCUCAAAUUCUGCAACGCUUUUGGUUUGAGCUCUCUCCUUCUUACACUCAUGCCCCUCUGCUCACACUCAUUAUGAGGCCUCAAUAUGGUGCACAGAUAAUUGUGCACAAACUUUGACUCUUCGGACUGGGGGUUGUAAGUUUUAUUAGUCCUUGUUGAUGAAUAAAUUAGGUUGAGAUGUAUUCUGCUACUAUGUGCAUUUCAGUACCCUGUUAUUUUGGAUGUGUGACAGCUUUAUUCUCAUCAGCACUAUGAAAUAAUUGAUCGUAUUUGUCACAA